AACCUGCAGAUUCGUGUUCAGCACCAUCGAAAAUAGGGGGGUAGACAAAAUUUCGUGAAUGUUGGAGGUGGUGCCACUAAAGUAAAUAAUUACCCAAUUAUUAAAUAUAAUUUAUAGAUAAGUAAUAUGAUAAUGUGGUAUUUGAAAAAUAGAAAGCGCUAACAAGAAAGUGCAAGCGGGGAUUUAUAUUGCAUGAUGAUAUAAGUAUUCGACCUCAAUUUCCAUCUUGGUCAAAAUUGUUUGUCAGUUGAAGGACACUACUUUGUCCCUGGAUGUUUUUCAAGAACAAAUAAACGUAAUGGAGAGAGAUGAUAUGUUACAAAUUUUACUAGAUUUAAAUGUGCUAGAACUUUGUCUUAUAAUAUCUAUGAAACAUCAUGUUGAGAUAUAUGAUAAUCAACCAAUGAAUUUCGAAAUGGUUUUCUCGAGGUACCUUAAAUUUGUCAAUGCAAAUUCAAAUAUUCAAAGUGUACAAAGGCCUGUUAUUAUGAAAGCUUUUGAACAUAUUCAGAAUUUGGAGAUAAUAUCUAUGAUCAGUGGAGCAGGAUCUAGAAAUCAAAAAGAAUACCAAUUCUUCAAGUUGUUGGUGACUUCUAAACAAAUAAGUGAUGCAUUAAAAAAAUAUGUUGGUUUACCUACUGAGGUGGUGCAAUGGGCCAACAGUUCUUUGGUUUAAAUACAAUGUGUUAUAGUAUUAUAAUAAAUUAUUUUUUUUAAUUUUA